AAUCCUUUUCUCUUCCCUCCUUUUUAAGUCCUGGAGAGUGCGGGCGCCAGGCUCACCCCGUCUGGCUCCCCCGGGCUCCGGGAGCAACAAGUAAGAGCCCCAGCAAGGAGAUUGCAACUCCCGACAGCUGCUUUUCAUGUGCCGAAGCUCCCAAGUUGCGGGGCAGAAGACAGAGGUGCAGAGCAGCAGAAGUGGAGGAUCCAGCACCUUCUGCCAGCCCAUGAAGCUGCUUCAUGGCACGUCCUAUGGCCGGCGACCUGAGUGAACUUUCAAUUGAGUGACCAGACUCCUGGGGUAAGUUAGGAGGCCAGUGAGGCAGGGCACGAUGGGGAGUUUCAGAGGCCACGCUCUCCCUGGGAGCUUUUUCCUUUUGAUGGGCUUUUGGUGGAAUAUAAAGUUCACCCUGAAAUACGUCUGCAAGAAGAACAAGCGGGCAUGUUAUCUUGGAUCCAAAGCGGGACUUCGUCGGGUGGAAAUUAUUGAGGGAGCAGUGAAAGUCUCCAUGGCUCUAAUUGGCAUGACGGCAGAGCAGUUUGUUCCAGAUGGACCACACAUGAACCUGUAUAACUACGAGGAGAAACAUUGGGAUCACCUAAUGGGCUGGCAACACGCCACGAUGUAUUUCUUCUUCGGCAUCUCCGGCCUGGUGGACAUCUUGUGCCUCACAACCAACAUGCUGCCUCUUUCCUUGAACAAGCUGAUGCUGUCAAAUGCCUUCUUUGUGGAAAGUUUCAUCUUUUUCUUCCACACGCACGGCCGAGCUAUGCUGGACAUUUACAUCCAUCAGCUGCUGGUGCUGUCUGUCGUUUGCGCGGCAUUCAUUACGUUCCUGGAGUUCUUCUUCAGGAGUAAUAUCGGCUUGGAACUCCUCCGGGUCAGCUUCUGUCUGCUGCAAGGUAGCUGGUUCUGGCAGAUCGGCUUUGUGCUAUAUCCCCCCAACGAAGGUCCGGAGUGGAACCAGUCGGACCACGGUAACAUGCUGUUCCUGACCAUAUGCUUCUGCUGGCACUACGCUUUCACAUUCCUCAUCUUGGGCGUGAAUUUUGCUCUUAUCACCUGGUUGAUUAGGUCGAGAGUCAAGCAGAUCUAUCCUUCCGAGAUGGGUUUAUUGAAAACAGCGGAACGUGACCAGGAAUCCGAAGAAGAAAUGUAACUUUAUUAAGGACUCCGGCUUCACCAGUCGAUCCUUCUCUGUGGUUAGGUUGACCAUUGCUUCGAUUUUGCUGAGGGGGUCUGCUUUGUCUUGAUCUGUGGUUUUGUUCUUGUCUUUCUCUAUGUGAUUCCAUCAGCUGUAGCUUCCCAUCCUGUCAACUGAUCGAUCUUCAGAUAUGUUGGUUUAGGCCUGGUUUUAAUCUUGGUAGGUGAUUGACUUUGCACUUUAAUCACGUGACAUCCAGCAGGCUUCAAACCCAGGCCCCCUCAGUAGAGUUUAGAAGAGGUUUUAUUAGGGUUAGGAGAGUGGUUGUAGGAACAGAUAAACGUAGCUUGGGCCGUUACUUUUAGUGGGUUUCUGUGCACGUGUCAGAGGCCCCGUGGGUGAAAGAUAGCAGCCCCCAGACACUGGAAAUCUCACAGUUCCUCCCUGCCUCUUCCUUCUCUUCCCACCAGCCCGCCCUAAUCGCAGCACCUCAUUGUGGGUAGGGAAUGUGUCUGUUUGUUGUACUCUCCCAAGUGCUUAGUACAGUGCUCUGCACACAGUAAAUGCUCAAUAAGUAUGACCAACUGACAGUGUGCAGGACAGCGCUGGGCAGCUGGAGCCAGCAUCUUCUCCGUUCAGUCUUGGGAGAGGGAAAUUCAAGGAGGGGAACUACAGCAGCAACUAGUUUCGCUCUCGAAAUCCCUUUCUUAUCCCUGCCCUCCAUUCACGCCACCCCUUCUCCUCCAGACCAAGCCCGGGGCUGCCCAUUAGAGGCUUUUCCAUGGUUUCCAGGUGCUUAGCCCUGGUCCUAUUGUGGUGAGAUGAGCACGUAUUCCUUAAGCCCAAAUUGGAAGCUCCAGGAGCAAAACAAGGCUACAUUUGGAGCCCCUGAUGGGGCAGGGGGAAUGGGAAUGACAGGACUUCAGGGAUUGUGGCUUGCGUUUAAGGUGGGGUAGGCAAAAUAGAUGGCGUUACAUCAUCCCCUGCGUGUUUUGACACUGAGCCGAUAGACCAAAAGGCCACAGGGUACUCGCCUGCUGCUGUUCUCCUGGAUUUGUUACUGUCCGGGGGACGCAGAGCUAACAACACAGAGAAGACGAGAGAAGGCCUUGAAGAUGAGAGGCUUAGCCUUGACCUCGGCCAAAUGUUGAGCUCAAGGGUAUUGAGACAGUCUUACCCGGCAAGGAAGUUGCUCUCCUUUGCUUUGUGUCGAGCUAUCUUGUGGUUCCCAGAGAACAGGAUUCUGUAAAAUGAGGGUGCUGGGUGGGAGAAACCCGUGAAGACAAACUUUACCCUGGUGGGGAAGGAGAGAGAGGCUUCUAGAGAGCUUGAAGCAUUCUGGGCCUUUCAGCCCUUUCUAACAUCCAGAACCAUUGAUAAAUCCUAAGGUGAAUGCCAGAUUGAAGGGUCAGGAGGGUUGGUGAAAGGACUCUUUGAAACCACAGGUAAGACACAUUCUCAAACUUGCUUAUUGUUUAGAAAGAAACAGGCACCUUAAUUGAAGGGGUAUUCGAUUGGGAUCAUAGCAUUUCCAAAAACUAAUUGCUCAGCAGGUUCCAUGUAAUGAUAAACACCCCCGUCGUCUAUCACUAGGACGCUCAGCUCUUGUGACCUUUCCACCCCAGUUUUGCCCCAUGUCUCCACACUGUUCUCUUUUGCAGUGAAUUUUCACAAGCCCGGCGGGGUGACUUGUUAAACAGGUCUCAGUCAGAGGCACAGACAGACGAUGUCCAUGUCUGUAAAAAAUUCUUAUUAUCGGCUUUAUCAGUGGUGGAAUUUUAUGUGGAGAUGGCCAGCUGUUCCAACAGGGAGUCUUUGGGAACGGUCAGAAAUUCUAUUCUGGAAGUCUCCCCAGCCGUAGAAAUAAUCUUUGAAGGAGACAGCUCAUAAUAGAUUUCUAGCACAGCUGGGUGGGUGAAGACCUUGGUGCUAUCUGAACACUGUCUUUCAUACAUUCUUUCAAAUGAGCAGGUAUGGUCAUUACUCUCAUUAUUUUAUCAUUGUACUGGACUUUUUUUUGUAAACAAGGACAUCAUUUUAUGAAGUAACGUGGUUAAUAAAUGUACUGCAAACAUGAG